CAAAAAUGGAUGAGAGAAACUAGUUGAGAGACUUCUAAAACAUCUGGGAUCUAAUUGAUAGAUGCUUUUGCUUUAGAACUCAAUUAAGAAUUGAAUAAUAUAUUAGGGUUUAAUUUGAGGUUUUCCUCGAGGAAAGAAAAAUCCAAAAAAAAAAAACGCUUUUAAAAACCCCACACUGCCACCGCCACAGCCCCCCGACCCCGGCAUUCCACCCUGUAUAAAUUGAAGGUGUCGGUAAAUAAAAACCAGCAGUACUGCCCCAUUUCUUCCAUCUCUUUAAAGACGAAGGAGACGGGUCCUUUCAUGCUUUCUCGGUAAAAGCUUGAAAGAUAUGAGGUGAGAUCACGCAGGAUGAUAUAUAUAUGGUGAAGGCAAGAUCGCAUCUGUGUGCUAAAAUGAGCUCGAGCUCGACGACGACUGCAAUGUCAACGUCGUGUAGAGAUCAUGAGGAUGAGAUUGAGUGGGAGAUGAGACCAGGAGGCAUGCUGGUGCAGAAAAGAAAUGACAAGGAUGAUGGUGUUCCUCCUCUUUUAAAUGUUCGCCUUCGAAUUCUACAUGGUGUUCUUCGGUACGAGAUCUCCGUCAACUCUCAGGCGACGUUCGGAGAGGUAAAGAAGGUUCUGAUGGGUAAGACAGGGUUACAAAUAGGUGAUCAGAAGAUAAUUUACAAAGAAAAAGAGAGGCUAAAUGGCGAGUACUUAGAUAGAUGUGGUGUCAAAAAUCGAUCAAAACUCAUAUUGAUGGAGGAUCCAUCAAGUAUUGAGAGAAGAUACAUUGAGAUGUGUAAAAAUGCUCGUAUCCAAACUGCAUAUCGGGCCAUUUCUGACGUGUCUAUGGAGGUUGAUAAACUUACAGAGCAGGUUUCUGCGAUUGAAAAAUCUAUAUUAAAUGGAGUUAAGGUACCAGAAAUUCAAAUCACGACAUUAAUUGAGAUGCUAAUGAGACAAGCGAUUAAGCUUGAUAACAUUUCUGCAGAAGGAGAUGUUUAUGCUCAAAAACAUUUACAGGGUAAGAGGGUGCAGCGGUGUGUUGAAACACUAGAUGUGCUGAAGAUAUCAAAUCCACUGAUAAAACCUGUUGUUGUCGCAGCCAAAUGGGAGACAUUUGAUCCUCCUCCCACCACGUCCCGAUGGGAAUUUUUUAAUUGAUUUUUUCAUGACUGAUCUUGUUUUGCUUGUAUUGUAUCUAUCGUGCACUUGACUGGCCCAAUAUUGUAUGGUCAUUGUCAUUCUUAUAUUUACAAGUAUUGAAACACUGUAAUUACAUGGCUAUUUUAUUUAAAUAAAAGAUUUAAACUUCAGUUUAA